UUAAAAAGCAUGUUGGGUGAUACUCAUUAGAACAUACUUUCAUCUCUUUCAUCUUACAUUUUCGAACGAAAAUCCUGAGAAAUUUGAGGAACCUUUGUGUCUCAUCAAUGGCUACCACGAGACCGGUUCAAUGUUUGUUACGAAGGGUUUUCAGGGGAAGUAGGAGUUUUGGUGUUGCCACAGAAGUUAAUGCUUCUUCUUCUUCUUCUUCUUCCUCCCAGAGAAUCAUCGACAAGGAACACGAGCACAGUGCCCACAAUUACCAUCCGCUUCCAAUUGUAUUUUCUCAAGCAAAGGGAACCUCUGUUUGGGAUCCUGAGGGAAACAAAUACCUUGAUUUUCUAUCUGGUUACUCUGCUGUUAAUCAGGGACACUGCCAUCCUAAAAUUCUGAAAGCAUUACAAGAACAGGUAGAAAGGCUGACUGUGAGCUCUCGAGCCUUCUACAAUGAUCAGUUUCCACUCUUUGCUGAGUAUGUGACAACCAUGUUUGGUUACGAUAUGGUACUUCCUAUGAAUACUGGUGCUGAAGGUGUGGAAACAGCUAUGAAAUUAGCGCGAAAGUGGGGUUAUGAAAAGAAAAGAAUUCCCAAAGAUGAGGCUAUUAUUGUCUCAUGCUGUGGCUGCUUCCAUGGUCGUACACUAGGUGUCAUAUCUAUGAGCUGUGACAAUGAAGCUACCCGUGGUUUUGGUCCUUUAUUUCCUGGCCAUCUUAAAGUUGAUUUUGGUGAUGCAGAAGCCCUUGAAAGAAUUUUUAAAGAAAAAGGAGAACACAUAGCUGGAUUUAUUUUAGAACCUAUGCAAGGCGAAGCUGGGAUUAUAAUUCCUCCAGAUGGCUAUCUAAAAGCUGUUAGAGAUCUUUGCUCCAAAUAUAACAUCUUGAUGAUUGCUGAUGAAAUACAAACUGGGUUAGCAAGAACAGGGAAGAUGCUGGCUUGUGAGUGGGAAGACGUUCGCCCAGAUGUUGUGAUACUUGGGAAAGCACUAGGUGGAGGAGUUAUACCGGUUAGUGCAGUUCUUGCAGACAAAGAUGUGAUGCUUUGCAUAAAACCUGGACAGCAUGGAAGUACCUUUGGUGGAAAUCCGUUGGCCAGUGCAGUUGCAAUUGCCUCACUAGAGGUGAUCAAGGAUGAGAGACUCGUUGAGAGAUCAGCACAAAUGGGAGGGGAGCUUAUUGGUCAGAUGCUUAAGAUUCAGCAGCAAUACCCGAACUACGUGAAGGAGGUACGUGGAAGAGGAUUAUUCGUUGGAGUGGAGUUUAACAGCAAAAGUUUGUUCCCAGUAUCCGGCUAUGAGCUAACUAAAAAAUUGAAGAAUAGGGGAGUGCUUACCAAGCCAACACAUGAUACAACUAUCCGCUUUACUCCCCCACUCUGCAUAAGUGGGGAUGAGAUUCAACAAGGUUCCAAGGCUCUGGCUGAAGUUUUGGAAAUUGAUCUACCAAAGUUGCAGAAGGAGAAGCCAAAAGAUGCUGCUCCAGUUGCCUCUAGUGCAUGUGAUCGUUGUGGUAGAGUCUUGUAUGGUUAACCAAAUAAAGACAUGGAUUGCAUGCACCUUUGAUUUUCCAUCGAAAAAAAUAUGACCUCCAGAAUGUUAUUUCUUAUACAUGAACCGCUGGAGACCGUGUUCCCCUUCCAUACCAUAUUAUGAAAUAAAAGAUCAGGGCCGUGGCUAAGGCAAGGCCUUGCCUUAGGCCCCCAGUCGGUUCUUUUUUUUUAAUAAA